AUGCAAGAUCAGCUACGGACACGAUACGAGCUGCACCAGGUGCAAUCGGGCUCCAUGCCCUGGCAGCAAUCAAAGGGAAAGCAGGUGCUGUGGAUUGGCUGCUCUGACAGUGACUACGACGAGCUGGAGACCUUGGGCCUGCAGCCUGAUCAGGUCUUGGAAUACCGAAACUUGGGCAACAUGGUAACAGACGAUCUGUCUUGCCGGGCGACUCUGGGUUAUGCAUUGGAGCAACUAAAGAUUCGUGAGAUUGUCGUGUGCGGGCAUUAUGGCUGCCAUAUCGUCCAGGGGUCGCCCAAUCCUGGUCUUCCUGAGCCCUGGAGCAAGAACCUUGACGUGGUGCGAUCUCAGCACACGCACCGGCUGGAUCAAGUCAGCGGGCAGGAACGGGACCGAACCAUGGUGGAAUUGAACAUUUUGGGGCAGGUCCAGAACUUGAGCCAAGCCCAGAACCAUGAGGUCAAGGUCUUUGGGCUGGUCUAUGACCGCGCGUCGAAAACAGGGUACCAGAUCACCGAGGCUGCUUGUUGA